GCCCAAUUUGGAUUGGGAGUUCCAUUUCAAAGCAAACCCGUAUUCCCAAAAAUUCCCAAACUCUUUUUUGUUUUGUUUUUUUUCGCUUAACAAUCCAAAAAUUCUGAAAAAACCCAAAUUCAAAUUUAAUUUUGCGAGAGGUUCCAGAAUUAAUAUAUCGGAUUGCAACUCGUACAUCCUCUCGAACUCCUCCUCGAGCUCCCUCUCUCUCUCUCUCUCUCUCUUCUGUGUAUCCCUAUUUUCUUCUUCCCUGAUCUGAAACCAAUCACACUCAAAAUCUUCGUUUUCAACUCACAAAGAUCUCUGUUUCUCUGAACCGCCCUCUCGAUCUCCCCAAGCCCUAUACGCCGCGUUUCAAUCGUUUAUUCUCUCCCUCUAUAUCUUCCAAAACCCAUAUCAACUUCCCUAGGGUUUCCACGAACCCCUUAAAACCUAUUCUUAUACCAGGCUUUGGUAAAUUUGCUUGAAUGACCUUGUGGCAACGAUUGAAACAUGACGUCCAGUAUGUUGUUGGGGGACAGGAGGUUGGCUUCUUCUUCCAGAAGAGGUCCCAUGACUGUUUUAGGGAAAGUUCCAAAACCUGUAAACUUGCCCAGUCAGAGGUUAGAAAAUCAUGGUAGGGACCCAAAUGUGGAAAUUGUUCCCAAGGGCACCCUCGGUUGGGGCAGUAGAUCAUCUUCUGCAUCAAAUGCAUGGGGUUCCCCAUCACUAUCUCCAAAAGCUGACGGUGGCACUUCACCGAGCCAUCUCAGUGGCCAUCUUUCAUCUGGAAGUGGCACUCGACCAUCUACUGCUGGUAGUGAGAAAGCACAUGAACCUUCUUCUAAUGCAUGGGGUCCGAAUUCUAGGCCGUCAUCGGCUUCUGGGGCAUUGACAUCAAAUCAAACAUCACUGACCUCAUUGCGUCCUCGCAGUGCAGAGACAAGACCUGGUAGUUCACAAUUGUCAAGAUUUGCUGAACACUCUGAACAUCCAGUGGCAUGGAGUGCUCCUGGGACCGCUGAAAAGUUGGGAGUCUUGUCAGCGAAGAAUGAUGGGUUUUCGCUUUCUUCUGGAGAUUUUCCGACACUUGGUUCAGAAAAAGAUAAUCCUGGAAAUAAUGCCAAGUCACAAGAUCACAGUUCUUACUGUCGUCCUGGGUCAUCUUCUAGUGACAGAGUGGCAAAAGAGACGACUGGGACUUCUCUAGUCGGUGAUGUUUCCGCAAAUGCAAAUGUCAAGAGUGGAACUGCUAAUUCAUGGAAAAGAGAAAAUCCCUCAUACAGCGGAGAUGGAGGUAGACCUGGUAUGGAGAAGUGGCAGGGUAAUCCCCAUCCUUACCCUAGUGCUAACGUCCCUCCCCAACAUUAUGAUGGAUGGCAUGGUGGUCCAGUAACUAAUCCACAAGGUGGUGUUUGGUAUAGAGGACCUCCAGGGGCAACUCCCUACGGAACUCCGGUCCCUCCUGGUGGCUUUCCAAUGGAGCCAUUUCCAUAUUAUCCUCCACAGAUUCCACCUGCUGCUCUAGCCAACGCACAGCCUGUUCCUCCACCUGGAGCAGGACCAAGAGGACACCAUCCUAAAAAUGGAGAUAUGUACAGAGCUCAUAUGCAAGAUGCUUAUAUUCGCCCUGGUAUGCCAAUUCGACCUGGCUUUUACCCUGGUCCAGUACCCUAUGAGGGCUAUUACCCUUCUCCAAUGGGCUACUGCAAUCCAAAUGAACGUGAUGUGCCGUUUGUGGGAAUGGCUGCUGGCCCCCCUGUUUAUAAUAGGUACCCUAGCCAAAGUGCUCAUGAGCCUGGCAAUUCUCAUGGCAGACCCGGUGGAUAUGGCCCUACUAACCAGGCAGUGAUGUCGGAGCAAUUAGAAUCUGGUCAUCCGCAUGAGUCUCGUGGACCUUACAAAGUUCUUCUGAAGCAGCAUGACAGUUGGGAUAGAAGAAAUGAGGAACAAAGGAAUGAGGGUGCUGUCUUAUCUCAUGCAUCAUGUCUUGAGAGGGAGGACCAACCAAGAACUUUGGCAUCGGAGAAUGAUUGGAUAUCAGAUCACAGAAAGGGGGGAGAGAGAGAUCAAAGGAAAGCGCUUGGUGAAGAAACUGCCUCACAGAAUUUUGACAACCGAGGAGCUUGUUCUGUUCCUAUGAAAGUAGCUCCUGAAAGUUUGGGAAAUAUAAAGGCAGAUGAUGUCAUUUCAGUGAAGAAAUUGGGAACUGAAGCCUCUGGCACAGCGGAGGUAGGACAACCACUACUGGCUGCUGCGAAAGACUCCAGUCUGAUUCAAAAAAUAGAGGGAUUAAAUGCAAAGGCGCGAGUUUCAGAUGGACGAAAUGAUACUGCAUCUGUUUCCAGUAGGGAGGAGCAGAAAAAUAGAUUCCAAGUCAAUGCUAAAGCUAACCAUUCAGUAAAUGAACGUGGUAGUAGCUUUGUAAAUCCUGAAAGAUCUCAUGUCACUGAAAUAGUAAAUCCCUCUCAUGAAGUGGGCUUUUCUGCUGGAGAUAAAAACCAAGUAACAGCAGGCAGUGGAAUUUCCAUCUCCAGGCGAUCUAAUCAAGGCAUGCAUAGUAGAUCAGAUCAUCGUGGUAGAGGAAGGUUGAAUAAUCAAGAAGGUGAAGGGUGGUGGAAGAAAUCCUUGGUCUCAGAACCAACAACCGUGGUAUCAAGUGCACAUUUGGAAACUCCUAAUGUUCAUCUGCAGGACCACCUUGCUACAAUGGAAGCUACUGAAAAGUCUGGAUCUUAUCCACAAGGCAGGCAUGAGGAGGAAUCUGCGACACCAUUGUUAGAUCCAAACGAUUCUGAGGCACAGCGUGCUAAAAUGAGGGAGCUUGCCAAGCAACGUACCAAGCAGUUACAGGAGGAAGAAGAGGAACGGACAAGAAGGCAGAUGGCCAAGGCUCUUGCAAAAUUGGAAGAGUUGAACAGACGUACUCAAGUGGUGGAGGGUUCAAAUGAGAAGUUUGCAAAAUUGAAUGAGAAGUGUGAGGAAGAAGAGGAACGGACAAGAGAGCAGACUGCCAAGGCUCUUGCAAAAUUGGAAGAGUUGAACAGAUGUACUCAAGUGGUGGAGGGUUCAAAUGAGAAGUUUGCAAAAUUGAAUGAGAAGUAUGAGGAAGAAGAGGAACGGACAAGAGGGCAGACGGCCAAGGCUCAUGCAAAAUUGGAAGAGUUGAACAAAUAUACUCAAGUGGUGGAAGGUUCAAAUGAGAAGUUUGAAAGUCACUCAAGUGGUGCCAUCCAGAAUAAGCAAGAAGAAUCUCAAACUUCUGUUGAACCAUUAGUGCCUGGUAGAAAGUCAGCUUCGGGUUCUAACCUGAAUGCUGUUGCAGAGAUUAAUGAGAGCAGCAGUGGAAAAGUUGAAAAGUCAACUGUUCCAUCUAGUGGGCUACUUUUAGAAACACCAAUGAGUGCCUACAAGGAACCUGUUGAGAUGCAUGAUCAAUCUGCAAUUGUUGCUAAUGCUGUUCAUCACAACAAUGCCCCCCAAGCUCAUGACAUCAAUAUCUCUAGGCAGAAGCAGGCCCCAAAACAGAGGCAGAACAAUCAGUUAGAAAAGAAGUCUACUGGAAAGUUUACUUCCAUGAGUACAGCUGAGGGUCAGACGGAUACAGUGGUUAAUAUUUCCGCAUCUCUUGGAGUUAUAGGAAGUGAAACAGCCUUGAGUAGUGAGUCAAGCCUGACUGCGAAUUCCAGUGCCAUACUUGAGUCAUCUUCUUAUCCAAGAAAGAAACAUAACCGAAAUGGCAAGAAUAAGCACAAAACCGAGAAUACAUCAACAGUGGCUGCUCUACCAUCAUCUGUAUCAAAAGAAACAAACAUUGCAAAUGCCACUUUUGAGAGUGGAAGGCCAAAGUUAUCUGAGUUGGAGGCAGAUCCUAACUCAGUUCAUUUGCAGGCCAUUCCUAGAGAUGCACACCAGUCUUCAGAGCAACACUCGUCUCUGUCAAAUGAUGAAUCUCAAGGUAGAGUAAAUAGCCAGUGGAAAUCUCAGCAUCCUCGGCGUGGGUCGAGGAAUGCACAAGCUAUUAAGCACUCUGAAAAGUUUCACAGUACUGAUGCUGUCGUCUGGGCACCUGUGCGGUCACAGAACAAAGCUGAUGUAAAUGAUGAAGCUAUCCCCAAAAAUGAAGUUGAGGCUGUUAAUGCUGUAAAGACCGACAAUAAGGUGCAAAGUAACUCAAAAAAUAAGAGGGCAGAAAUGGAGAGAUAUGUUCCAAAACCUGUAGCUAAAGAGAUGGCGCAUCAAGGAAGCACUCAACCACCAGUGACUUCUUUAAUCAAUCAGACUACAGUAAAUGAGACCAUUGAGAGAGCAGAUUCUGCUUCUCAAGGUGCCGAAAGUUCUCAACCUACUACCAUAACUGUUGGAAAAGUGGGGAUUCCCAUAGAUUCCUGGAAUGGGAGUGGUAGACAGACUAAGCAUGGAAAGGCACUUGGAUCAUGGCGGCAACGGGGGUCAACAGAAUCAACCACCACUCAAGGUUUGCAAGAUGGACCAUCAUAUACUUCAAAUGUUAGUCAGAGUGAUAAAAAAUCAAUCCAGCAUCAUCAACCCCAGAAGCCUGAUGUUGGCUCAGUGGUAGAGCAACCAAAGAGUUCUGAUGGUUAUUCUGAUGGAUGGAACAUGCCCAACGAGCCUGAUGUUGUUGCACCGGUCUCUGUAUCAAUUGCAAAGGACCAGGGAGUAAAAGGAAGAGGAAAACAACAUCCAUUCAAGGGACACAAAGCCAUGGGAAAUCAUCAUGAUCUUGAUCAAAAGAAAACUAGUAGAGGGGUUGCUGACAAAAUUAACAAUCAAUCAUCAGUCUCUGAAAUGGGUCAGGACCUACCUGCUGCUUCCAAAGAGAAUCGAGCUGUUGGCGAACGUGCAAUGCCUCAUUGGCAACCCAAAUCUCAGGCACUUUCAGCCAAUAAUCAACGGGGAAACAGAGCCAAUGGUGGUCAAAAUGUUGGUGUAGAAGUUGGUCAGACUAUCAAAAAGGAAACCAGUCCCCGAGGUGGGGUGCCACUUCAGCCAACACCUGACAAGGACACUACUGAAUAUGUGACCCAGCAGCGACAUGAUCAAUUGAUUUCUGAGAGAAACAAUGCAGAGGAAGGACUGAAUAAGAGAGAGAGGAAAGCCAUCAGGGGACGGCCCCACUCUCCAAACCUGGGUCCGGUUAGGCCAGUUGAACUGGCACCCACUGGUAUGGAUGCUAGACAAGAGCAGCAUUAUCACACAGGGUUCCGCAAAAAUGGAAACCAAAACAACCGUUUUGGCAGAGGUCAAGAAUCUCGUGGGGAUUGGAAUUAUUCAGGGCAUGAUAGUAGGCAACACAACCCCGCUGCAAACCGGGAGAGACCGAGGCACAGUUCGCAUUUUGAGUACCAGCCAGUUGGGCCGUACAACAACAAUACCAAAUUUGACAACUCCGAGGGACCUAGAGAUGGUUCUCAUAGUGCAGGUGGAAGGGUCAAGGAAAGAGGCCAAAGUCACCCGCGACGUGGUGGGGGAAACUUCCAUGGACGACAAAGUGGUGCUGUGCGAGUAGAUGCAGAUAUGGAGUAGUAGCUAGAAAAAUGAAAAGUUCUGAAGAUGAGGUUUUUAUUGAUUGAAACCCACUCUUUCCCACUCUUGCACUGUUAGCAGUGGCAGAUCGCGCUGUUUUUGGGUAUUCUAGCAGUAUGGCUGCUGAUUUGCAACUGUUCAUAUUUGUUAAAUGGACAACUGAUGGCUUCUGCCCCCCUGAGCAGGGCUUCCGGCAAAGUUGAUGGUGCUAAAUUAGUUAGCUGCUUGGAGGUAGUCGAAUGUGGCGUAUUUAUGGUUUUUUUUUUUCUUCUUUCAUUUCAAAUAUGAUGUGAAACAUUGUGAUUUGGUCACCCUUUGUUUCCUAAGGAACCCUUUCAACAUCUUUCUUCCGGCCUUUGUAUUUACUAUUUAGUGACCCAUAAUUCCUUGGCUCUAAAUAUGGAGCCGGCAGGAAGGAAUGAAAUUAGAGGAAGUUUAUGAUUCUCAAUCAAACUAGUCUCGAUGUCUUGUUGACUGGUUUUCAUUGUGGCUUCCGUACCUUGUUUGUUAGACAAGUAGAGUAAGGAUCCAUCUUCACAGUUGUUUAUUGGCCAAAAAUAAAAUUAUAUAAUGUGAAUAUAUCAGGGGCUCCUUUCCGUU